AUGUCAGACGCCGAAAUCAUGGCAGCGAUUGGGAUGGAUCACCAACUCUGGGAGGACCGCCCCACAAUGCCAAAGACGAAGAAAUCAUUCAUGCAGAAGCUCACUGAGCGACACGAAGCACUCAAAUUCCAGUUGCGGUCGCCAAAAUUGGACGAAGUCAGCCAUGACGAAGAGCGCGCCCCAUCGCGAUCAUCCACCAGUUCAUCAUCACACAAAGACUUCUUCAAAUUAGCACCUGUUACCUGGACGCCAAAGACUGAUCGUAUCAAAAGCGAAUUUGCGAUUCUAUACGACGACAUUGCAGGCGACAACAAUCCGUCGCCGUCAUUUGUGCAGUCGCCUCUUAGCACACCAACCGAGAAUGACUCCAGAGCACACGACCAGGACAUCGCACGGACCCGACGGAAGGUCAACCGAGAAGCCUCAGCUAGCGACCUUUUUGCGACACGUCCUCUACACAGCUCAUAUAGCACUAUGUCCAUGAACUCAUCGCGUCUGUCAACUCCCACCACCACCCGACCUUCAUCACUCCAAACACGUGCGCGGAGUCUACCCAGCGAGAUGUCUGACGAGCAAAUGGACGCAUGGUUAGAGCAGCCAGAAGAUGCCGAGGUCCACCGACGACGCAAGCACUCCGCCAGCAGUGCACUCUCGGAUCACUCUCCGACGAUGAGUCAGCGCUACGUGCAGAGACGCAAGAUGACCAGCAAGGCCAUGGAAAGUUCAACCAGCCCUGUUUUCCACAAACCUAAUGCUUUCCUUUGUGAGCGCGACCUCCUCCAGAAAGAAUUCGAGCACAUGUUGGCCACGGCCAGCGCGAGCUCCACUUCCACGCCCGUGGUGCAGGAAGAGCGCAACUUGACCUUGACGGACAUGCCCGUGGAAAUUCUUCUCGAAGUCGCACGUUAUCUCGACACGCAAAGCGCUGCACGCUGUCGGCAGACUUGCAGAAAGUUCUGCGACACAGUUCCGGCGCCGUCGAAACCUCUUUCUCUGCAGAAGACUUGA